CCCAGGCGCGUAGUGGACUAGCGGUGAUGCCGUUCUUCUAAUUUAGAAAAUUCCAAUUUUAUUCGCGUGAAACCGACGGUGAAAGUGAAGCAAGAACGACGGGUUGGUAUUCCUAACAAGUAACAACUAUAAAUUUGACGAAAAAAAAAAAAAAAAAGAAGAAACAACUAUAAAAACUAAAUUGGAUUAGUCUUGUCGGUGCCUGAAAAUUGAUCGUCCGGCGACUUCCCUACCAUCCGUAUUGGCUCCGUCUACGUAAACGCGCAGAGGCACACAUUGUGUCUAUUGAUCUACAGAAGUUGAUGAAAAAUGGCGGUGGAAAGGUGUUGGCCGACGAUGGAUCUGCUACGAUCGGAGUCUAUGCAAUUGGUUCAAGUGAUCAUUCCAAUUGAAUCGUCUCAUCGCGCAAUCUCAUAUCUCGGUGACCUUGGUCUCUUCCAAUUCAAAGAUCUCAAUGCUGAAAAGAGCCCGUUCCAGCGGACAUAUGCUGCUCAGAUAAAAAGAUGUGCAGAAAUGGCUCGCAAGCUGCGUUUCUUCAAGGAACAUAUGACUAAGACUGGGUUGUUGCCGUCAAAGAGGUCUGCAACAAGCAAUGAUAUUGAUUUGGACAAUUUGGAGGUGAAACUUGGUGAACUUGAAGCUGAGCUGAUAGAGAUAAAUUCAAAUAAUGAAAAGUUAGAGCGCUCAUACAAUGAACUAGUAGAGUAUAAGCUUGUUCUACAGAAGGCUGGUGAACUUUUCUAUUCAGCACAGAGAAGUGCUGCAGUUCAGCAAAGAGAACAUGAUGUACAUAACAAUGGUGAACGACCCAUUGACAGUCCAUUGUUGUUGGAGCAAGAAAUGAUGACAGAUCCAUCAAAGCAAGUUAAGCUGGGCUUUGUUAGUGGCCUGGUGCCAAGAGAAAAAUCAAUGGCUUUUGAAAGGAUUCUGUUUCGUGCAACCAGGGGCAAUGUGUUUCUGAAGCAAUCUGUGGUUGAAAAUUCUGUUGUUGAUCCUGUUUCUGGAGAGAAGGUUGAGAAAAAUGUAUUUGUUGUUUUCUACUCUGGUGAAAGAGCAAAGAGCAAAAUCCUCAAAAUCUGUGAGGCCUUUGGAGCAAACCGUUAUCCUUUCGCUGAGGACCUUAGCAAACAAUAUCAGACGAUGACAGAGGUGUCUGCAAGACUUGCAGAGCUGAAGACUACCAUAGAUGCUGGAUUGGCUCACCGGAGCAAUUUGUUACAAACAAUCGGAUUUCAGUUUGAGCUGUGGAAUCUACUGGUGAAGAAGGAAAAAUAUAUUUACCACACUUUAAAUAUGCUUAGCAUUGAUGUGACAAAGAAGUGUCUUGUUGCUGAAGGUUGGUGUCCUGUUUUUGCAACAGAUCAGAUUAAAAAUGCACUGCAAGAGGCAUCUGUAGAUAGCAACUCACAAAUUGGAGCAAUAUUCCAGGUUUUGCAAACAAAGGAAUCACCGCCUACCUAUUUUUGCACGAACAAAUUCACUUCCGCAUUUCAAGAAAUUGUAGAUGCAUACGGGAUUGCCAAGUACCAGGAAGCAAAUCCCAGUGUGUAUACAAUCAUCACAUUCCCUUUCCUUUUUGCUGUAAUGUUUGGCGAUUGGGGCCAUGGUAUUUGCUUGCUGCUGGCAACAUUGUAUUUCAUUAUUAGGGAAAGGAAGUUGUCUAGCCAGAAACUUGGAGACAUCAUGGAAAUGACUUUUGGUGGCCGUUAUGUUAUUAUGAUGAUGGCAAUCUUUUCAAUUUACACUGGACUGAUAUACAAUGAAUUCUUUUCAGUCCCAUUUGAACUAUUUGGCCCUUCUGCCUAUGCUUGUCGUGACCCAUCAUGCAGAGAUGCUACUACUGCUGGUCUAACUAAGGUUCAUGCCACUUAUCCAUUUGGUAUUGAUCCCAAGUGGCAUGGUACUCGGAGCGAGUUGCCUUUUCUUAACUCAUUAAAGAUGAAAAUGUCAAUUCUAUUCGGAGUGGCCCAAAUGAAUCUUGGGAUUAUGAUGAGCUACUUCAAUGCAAAGUUCUUUCGAGAUGACCUAAAUAUCUGGUAUCAGUUUGUUCCCCAGAUGAUUUUCCUAAACAGCUUGUUUGGCUACCUUUCACUCCUCAUAAUUGUGAAAUGGUGCACUGGAUCUCAAGCUGAUUUGUAUCAUGUGAUUAUAUACAUGUUUUUGAGUCCUACUGAUGAUCUGGGUGACAAUCAACUUUUCAUUGGUCAGAAAUUCCUUCAGCUUUUGUUCCUACUGUCAGCCCUUGUUGCUGUACCAUGGAUGCUGUUUCCAAAGCCAUUUCUCUUGAAGAAGAAACACGAGGAAAGAUUCCGAGGUCAAACCUAUGCCCUGGUUGACAGCAUGGAUGAUCCUCUUGACAUAGAUUCCCAUUAUGAUUCCCAUAAGCGUGAGGAAUUUGAAUUCAGCGAGGUCUUUGUUCACCAACUUAUACACACGAUAGAGUUUGUGCUCGGAGCAGUAUCUAAUACGGCUUCAUAUCUACGUUUGUGGGCACUCAGUUUGGCACAUUCAGAGUUAUCAAGCGUAUUUUAUGACAAGGUUCUACUUCUGGCCUGGGGGUUCAACAAUACUACUAUUCUUAUUAUUGGCAUAAUUGUUUUCAUAUGUGCAACUGUUGGUGUGCUUCUAGUGAUGGAAACCCUAAGUGCAUUCCUACAUGCGCUGCGUCUUCACUGGGUAGAGUUCCAGAACAAGUUCUACGAGGGAGAUGGAUGCAAAUUCCACCCAUUUUCAUUUGCUUUACUUGGCGAUGAGGAUGAAUGAUAAUAUUCACUGCAGAAUAUGGUUAAAAGGCCAAAAGAUGAGAAGCAGAAUCUAACCAUACACUGUAUUUGUUGAACUAUAGGAAACUUACAAUUCUUUUAAAAUUAGAGUAGUUCCUCGCGAGUUUUGAAGAAUAUCCCUUUGCAUUUGUGAUUAACAAAAUAAAUAAUCGUGCAGCCUGGUAGCCAAUUGCCUGCUUAUCUGUUGAACAGCAGAACAGUGAUACCAGUCCUAUUGAUAUGUAUUAUUCGUUAGUGAUUCUUUGGUGUGUUGGAAUAAGAAUUUUCACUGUUUUUCCAAA